AUGGGUGGAUGCGACACGUUUUGCGCGGUGGUGUGCGCCUGUCUGUGCCCACCACUGGCCGUUAUGAUCAGUAGGGGCUGUGGAUGUGAUCUUGUGAUCAACGUAUUGCUCACUUUGUUGGGAUGGUUCCCGGGGUGUAUCCACGCGUGCUGUCUAGCGGGGGAUGACCGCCGGGAUGGCCACCAACUGUCACCAGUGGUCCACACGUCCGUCAACGUACAGAUGCCUCCGCAGCAC